AUGCCGGGAAGAUUGAAUGGUGUUAUCAUUUGUGAUACAGCAACAAAGAAAGCAAAAGCACUGGGAAUACUUAAGAAGAAAAAUACUUUAUUCGUGGCUGAAGUAAAGGGUCACAUUGAUGAAAAAUACAUUAAUGAUUACAUAAACUUUUUACCGAUAAUAAGAAACUUAGAUAUUAUCACAGAUGAAAAAACAAUUGGUAGUUUUAUGUAUAAUUACAUGAAAUCAAACAAUCUACCAGUUGACCAGAAACAGAGAAAAUUAACUCAGUUAGCAUCAACACACAACCAAUAUCAACCAUUUUCUUCUUAUUAUCUAUGGUAUCUAAUCGACAGAUUUCAUUUUAUCAUUGAUGAUAUUCAAUCAAUUUUAACAUUUACUAAAAACACUUGUUUUAAUGAAUUUGCGAAAGAAUUUAUGAAUGAAAGACAAAAGGCUGAAUUAGAAGGAAAUAAAGGAAAAAGUUUAUUUUGCAAGAUUUCACUUAAUGGAUCAUAUGGUUACGAUGCAAUGAAUACACAAAAUUACGCAAAGACUAAAAUAAUGAAUGCACAGAAGGCACGCGUUGCAUGUAUGUCAAAUAAGUUUAAAAACAUAAGAGAAAUAGGUGAGGAUACAUAUCAAGUGAUGCUCAAAGAUAGAUUUUAUAGAUGUGAUACAUGUUUACAAGAGGCAUUCUUCACUUUAGAUAAUGCUAAAUACUGGUAUUUGGUUUUCAUUUAUGAUUUUAUGUAUAAAUGCUUGAAUGUUAAUCGUUUUCAUUUCAUUGAAGGUGAUACUGAUUCAUCUUAUUGGGCAAUCGCUGGCGACCCAAAUCUUCCUAACACUCAAGCAUUUCAAGCAAUUGUUACCGAUAAACAAUUUUAUGAUAAAAACAUUUUCAAAUUCGCACCUUUUGAUUUCUUCUGUUUUGAUGAGAAAUUUAAACCUAAAUUAAAGAAUAAAGCUGAAGAAAAAGCACAUGAGAAAAAAUUAUUGGGUUUAGCAAUUGAGAAACAAGGC